AGAGAUUCGUUAGCGAGACAUAGUUAAGAAAAAUGGCAAAUUUAGGUGUACCGGUCAAACUGUUACAUGAAUCUUUAGGACAUGUAGUGACUGUGGAGUUGAAAACGGGAGAAAUGUAUAGAGGAAAAUUGAUGGAAGCCGAAGAUAAUCUCAACAUCGCUUUAAAAGAUAUAACCGUGACUGCUAGAGAUGGAAGGGUUUCUCAAAUGGACAUGGUUUAUAUCCGAGGGUCCAUGAUCCGAUUUGUCAUCGUCCCUGAUCUUCUAUCCAGUGCACCCAUGUUCAAACGUGUUGGUCCUAAUGCCAUGCGUGGAAGAGGUAUCGGUGCCGCUCGUGGACGUGCGACCAUCCAACGAGCGAAUGCCAGGAGAGGUACGACACGUACGAACCAAGGUGUUCGUCGGUGAUCUUGCUCCAUGGGAUAGGUUUCUUAGUCUGCAUGUUGAUGUGUGCAUGAGACUUAAUUGCGAGGAAAGGGAAUGAAGGAAAUGGGGGAAGGUUGCGAUCGAGCAAAUGAGAUAAGUUAUCCUGUUUCAGUUUUCGUGCAACUCGCAUGCAUCUUCCGUCAAGAUAUC